AUGGCAGCCGCACGGCGCGGCCUUGCUGCGCUGGCCGUGCUGUGCUGCGCAUGGCUGGCGGUAGCGGCGAAUGAUGAACUCCGCGUAAGGCACGAGGCGGCGCUUGCGUCGGCAAAGGCCAGCCCACGGGAAGCAUUCUCCCGAUGGGCCGCGGAGGUGGGGAGGACUUACCACGAAGAUGCGCAGGAGUUCGAGAUGCGCUUCAAGAUCUGGCUGGAGAACCUGGAGUACAUUCUGGACUACAACAAGCGCCACGACUCACACUGGCUCACCCUGAAUCACCUGGCAGACAAGCGCGACGACGAGUACAGGGAGUUGUUGGGAACGCGGGUGCCAGAAGAGCGGAUGCGACUGGCGGCCCAGGCAGAAGUCACCAGCGAUGAGGACCGUGUCAAAGCCAUCGACUGGAGGCAGCACGGCGCCGUGACCGGAGUGAAGAACCAGGAAUCGUGCGGCGGCUGCUGGGCGUUUUCGGCCACAGGCGCGAUUGAGGGCAUCAAUGCCAUCCGCACAGGCAAGCUGCUGUCCCUCAGCGAGCAGGAGCUCAUCGACUGCGAGAAGCAGGACAACGGCUGCCGUGGGGGCUGGAUGGACGAUGCCUUCCAGUUUGUGAAGGCCCAUGGCAUCACACUGGAGGAUGAGUACAAGUACCUUGGCCACGAUGAGCAGUGCAACUUGAAGAAGGAGAGCGAGCGCUACGUGACCAUUGACGGCUACGCAGACGUUGCCAAGAGCGAGGACGCUGUGCUGAAGGCUGCGGCGCAGCAGCCCAUCAGCAUCGCCAUCGACUCCGGCAGCCGCUCCUUCAUGCUCUACGGCGGCGGCAUCUACGACGAGCCCUGCGGCACGAGCCUGGACCACGGCGUCCUGGCCGUGGGCUACAACCUCACUGCCGACACGCCCUACUGGAUCAUCAAGAACUCCUGGGGGCCGGACUGGGGUGAAGAUGGCUACAUACGCUUCAAGCACGGCCUGAACGACGGGCAGGGGCAGUGCGGCAUGGCGCUUGCCGCUUCAUAUCCGCUGAAACACUCGCCCAAUCCGCCCGAGCCCACGCCGACCCCUCCCGGCCCAGCGCCGGAGCCGCCCGUGCAGUGCGGCAAGUUCGCCACGUGCCCCGCGGGCUCCACGUGCUGCUGCGAGAUGAUGGUCGUGAGCUUCUGCCUAAACUGGGCGUGCUGCCCGCACCCCGACGCCACGUGCUGCGACGACCACGCGCACUGCUGCCCGGCGGACCACCCCGUGUGCGACGCGGGCAGGGGCAACUGCAUCGACCCUGCCUCGAAGACGGUGGUCCCGUGGGCCCCGAAGACCAAGGCCGCGGCGCACUACCCGUGGACGGACGCCGCCCGGGGCAUCGUGCAGCUUGGCACCGAAGAAGCUACAGAGAAGUCGCGCCCCUUGGGGCAGUUUCCGACGACCUGA